GAAUAUCCAGCAAAUACCAGCGUCAAGGGAAGGAAGUAGGAACGACAAUACUAGAACUUACAUAAGAGAGAAAAAUGGCGGAAACCCAACAGAACGUAGGAGCUCUUACAGAUCAGGAGGUGAAACUUUUAAAGGACAGCUGGGGUAUACUGGCCGAGGACAAAAAGACUAAUGGCGUGAAGCUUUUCAUGAAACUAUUCAGGAGGUUUUCUAAAGCAAAAGAGAUGUUCAGGAUGUUCAAAGACAAACCCCUAGAGGCCUUAGAUUACAAUGGUGAGACGACAAAGACAAACUAUCGGAUGGUGGCCCAUGGUAUGAGUGUGAUGUACGCCCUGGAGUCUUACAUCGACAGUCUUGACGACAUUUAUUGUCUCAAGGAACUGGUGCGGAAAACAGCAAGGACCCAUUUGGACAAAGGCAUUGGACGGGAACAGUUCAUGUGGAUGAUACCAGCUAUACAUGAACUCAUUGAUUCAGUCACGGAGGGUAGGGACAACGUAGAUGUCGAUGCUGUGAAGAAAGCGUGGUUUACACUCAUGAAGUUGGUAGCUGAUCUUGUGGAAUCGGAAUCAAGGGCAGAUAAUCCAUAAAGCAUAAGACAUUGUGAUGUACAUAUGUUAACAGUUUAUAAAGCUUAGCCAGCAUUAUGAUACAUAAAUGCAUUUAUUCUCUACUUCAGAUUUUGAAAAAAAACAUUAUUGGAAAUUUUAAUAUUUUAUACAUAUUAUCUGAGGUCAAUACUUUUGAAUUCUUGAACAUAGUGUAUAAAAUUGAGUUUGAACAAUAAUCAACGGUAAUGUAUGAUUGACAUCAAUAGUAUGCUGUUCUCAAUGCUUUUACUAACCUACGAUAGGGUAACUGUAUUGUCGCAGUAGACGACAUUUUCUGUCGUAGAGGAUUAAGUGUUAGGUCGUAGAAUAAGCUAAUUGUUAGAACGCAGUAUGAGUUAGCUGUUAGGACUCAGUACGAGUUAGUUAUUAGGACGCAGUAUACGUUAGUUGUUAGGACGCAGUAUACGUUUACUGUUAGGACGCAGUAUGAGUUAGCUGUUAGGACUCAGUAUGAGUUAGUUAUUAGGACGCAGUAUACGUUUACUGUUAGGACGCAGUAUGAGUUAGUUGUUGGGACGCAGUAUGAGUUAGCUGUUAGGACUCAGUAUGAGUUAGUUAUUAGGACGCAGUAUACGUUAGUUGUUAGGACGCAGUAUACGUUUACUGUUAGGACGCAGUAUGAGUUAGCUGUUAGGACUCAGUAUGAGUUAGUUAUUAGGACGCAGUAUACGUUUACUGUUAGGACGCAGUAUGAGUUAGUUGUUGGGACGCAGUAUGAGUUAGCUGU